AGCGAGUUCCAACCGGCGAUGUUGCGGAACUGAAUUAAUCCCGCUAAAAGUUUGGAGCAGCCAGGCCCGCUUCUAGCAUUAGGAAGUUAGCCAGUUAGCUUGGUGUAGGCAUCCUCUAAUUUCGAAACUUGACAGCGUUACACUGGAUGCCCAGUUCUUUGCUGACUUUCAGGAUAGUUGGCACUUAUCUUUGUACUGCUAGCUGGGCCGUUUGUAGUGAUUAUAACGUAAACACGUCAUGAAGCGGGUUCGCACUGAUCAGAUCCAGUAUGCCGUGGCUCAGUACCUGAAGAGGAGGCAGUAUGUGGACACUGACGGCUCCCUGAAAGGAGCCAAGCUCUACCAGUCACCCGAAGAGAUGGCUGCCAGCCUCACGGUGCAGACAGAGUCAGGAUGUUCCAACAUCGUCUCUGCUGCACCCUGCCAGCAUGAUCCACAGCAAUAUGAGACUCAGUACUCCAAGCUGCGCACCUUUCUCUCAGAAGCAGACAUAUCCUGGGCAAAAGAGGUGAGCAGCAUCCUCUAUCCGCUCUUCGUCUACCUCCACCUGGACAUGGUGCGUUUUGGACUGAAGGGGGCUGUAGAUGGUUUUUACAAUCGUUUCCAUGGCGCCUUUCUUCAGGACAGCGAGCAGCGUACCAUCAUAGAGCAGCUCCGCCAUGUUCUCAGCUUACAGGACAUUGCAGCCAACCCCAAGCUGAGCGCUUUCCUAGAGCACAAAUAUGUGGUUCAUCUGACGGAGCCAGCCUACAGCUACCUGCUGCGUUACCUGCAGAGUGAGGACAACAGCGCCCUCUGCAGGGCUCUCAGCGCACACCUGCAGGUGGAGGUCAGUGCCUCCAGGCGGACAGACUACCAGCUCUAUGGAGCUGCUAGUGGGUCGACGGCUGCCCCGAACUCCACUUCCUCGUGGGCGGGAGUGGAUGGAGCGGAGGGUGGAGACAGGGUGGAGGUCCCAGCGGGAAUCCCGCAGAACGAGGCAGCCCUUGAGGCCCUGCAGGACUGCAUCAAGAAAGUUCGUGAGGGACCCCCCUCGCUCACCACCGUCUGUUUUUACGCCUUCCACCACACAGAGCAGAUGCUGAACACCGCUGAGGUCUCGGCUGACAGUCGGCUGCUGGCUGGUGGGUUUGACACCUCCACGGUGAAGCUGUGGAGCCUCCGUGCCAGAAAGCUUAAGGCCAGACCCCAUCAGGCUGAUGUGUCACACAUCCACCUGGCAUGUGAUGUACUGGAGGAGGAAGUGGAUGAAGAAGACAGCUCAGGCAGCGAGAUAAAGACUCUGCGAGGUCACAGCGGCCCGGUGUUUCGUACCGCCUUCCUCACGGACAGCUCCGGCUUACUCUCGUGCUCCGAGGACACAACCAUCCGCUACUGGGACCUGGGCAGCUUCACCAACACAGUGCUUUACCAGGGUCACGUCUACCCAGUGUGGGAUGUGGACGUCAGCCCCUGCAGCCUUUACUUUGCCAGCUGCUCCCACGAUCGCACUGCCCGCCUCUGGACAUUCUCCCGGACCUACCCGCUGCGGCUCUAUGCAGGGCAUCUUUCUGAUGUUGACUGUGUCAAAUUCCACCCAAACUCCAACUAUUUAGCAACUGGUUCCACAGACAAGACUGUCCGACUCUGGAGCACCCAGCAGGGGGCGUCUGUUCGCCUCUUUACGGGCCAUCGUGGCCCUGUGCUGUCACUCGCUUUCUCACCUAAUGGGAAAUACUUGGCGUCCGCCGGUGAGGACCAGCGGGUGAAAUUGUGGGACUUGGCAUCAGGGACUUUGUUCAAAGACCUGAGGGGACACACAGACAGUGUCACCAGUUUGUCCUUCAGCCCGGACAGCAGCCUGGUGGCAUCCUCAUCCAUGGACAACUCAGUGCGGGUGUGGGACAUCCGCAACUCCCACGGUGGGACGCCAGCAGACAGCUCGUCCAGCGAAUUGGUGGGACUGUAUACUGGAAACACCAGCAACGUGCUCAACGUCCAGUUUAUGGCCUGCAACCUGCUGCUGGUGACAGGAACCGCUCAGGAGAAAGCAGAGCAGUAGCAGUAGAAGUUGAAUGUGUCCGUAUGUCUGUCUAAAGAUGGGGUUUCUUUUAUUUUUUUUUCUCUUACCUGAGAGCCUAAAUGCCAGCACGUACUCAGGAGUCUGAUUUUUGUUUUCCUCAUUAGCUCUUGGCAUGAAAACAGAUACAUGUUUGUUUUUCAUCAAAUCUCAUUCUUCACAAACUGUCUUUCAUUUAUAGUUUAUUUUAUUUUAAAUAAAUUACCAAAGUCAAUUCACGAGAUGUCAGUAUUGAAGAAUUCCUCCGUUUCUAGUUUAGCUGAUGGUUUAAAAGUGAAUAUUCAGUUUUUCUCUUGUGAUGUAAAGCGGCGUCUAAAAUGUAGGGAAAUAUUAUGUUGGAAUAAUUAAUCAGAUUUGCCCAAAAGGAAAACUUUCACAUUCAAACCUGAGAGGUGUACAAUAAAGCAAGUUCAACAUAGCCAGGCUUUAUUAAAUUAAUCUAUUUGUUUUACCACUUAGUGCUUCUCAUUAGAGCUGCUAACUUUAAACUAGGUUUAAGAAGUGCAUUCAGGUCUGCAGGUCUGACACUGUGCCACAGUGAUGGAGAUGUGGAGACUUGACAAAAUGAAGCGUAUUUUAUUGAAAUGAAUAAAUAACAAAUCAACGGUAUGUGUAAAUUUUGCUGAAAAUAAGGACUAAAUAUAAAAGCAUAUUUGCACAUAUUUUGCGUCACCACCUGAAUCCAUGUUAAUUCCCGUUGGCCAUUUGGCGCACACAUGCAUGCCUUCAGUCGGUGGCAUCACUGCAGAAACGCUGCACAGGGGUGCUUAUGAUCGAGGCUUUCAGCUGAGAAGCAGUAUUGUAAUUGGAGUAGAUUGGCCUCAUAGGAAUUGGUGAAAAUGUGAAAAUUGUUUGUUUUGAAUGUAUAAAGUUUUUUUGUUUUUGUUUUUUAAAAGCAUAAGUUACCAUGGUGACUGAACCACCUUCCUGACACUGAAAGCUAAACAAACCUUGCUAAUCCACUAAUCUUGCUUUGUGGUACACCCCUCUGAUUAAAAAAAAAAAAACACAAACUCACAUCUAAAAGUUUGUGGAAAUUUGAACAUUGUGGAACAUCUACCGCCACUGUGCAUUUUCUGUUUUCCACAGUUUAUUGCUGUGCUGCGGCUCAGGGUUAGCACUUAGUGUGUAUAGUCUGGAAUAUUGAGACUCUUAUUAAUCAGAUUCAAAUCAGAACAUGGAUAUCAACGAGUUCAGUUCAUACACAGGACCAAAAUGAGCUGGGGUAGCUGAGUGUACAGAGUUUUGCACCAUAGGUGACAAUUAUCCCAGAAAGUGAAAUUUAUUUGCACAUCCUCACAAAGUCUAACUUGUCAGCCACUCCCAUCUCUGAACCCACUGUGUGUGUUUGCAUUGUGGCAGAGCAGGAAGUGAGCCGGCACGGCAGCUCUCACUGGCAAAGUAAAUUCUGUUGACGCUCUGCUCCACACUGACGCUGGCAGGUUUCUUCUGAAAAUUUCCCUUCAUCCAGAAAGUUUCACGUCCACAGUUAAUGUGCUGUUUAAAGGAAAUUCAUCCGCGUUUGUGCGCUCGUUACCCGAGUUAAGAAGUCGACCUGCUGACUCCUUUGUGUUGAUGUGCUUUUAACUUGGAAUGAGAAAAGAAUACAGCUGUUACAAAGACAACGCUGCUCUGUGUGCCUAAACCUGUAGGUAGAUGUUACUGCUCAUAAAUCACCGUUCUAACUAAUCUAGGUCUCUAUGUGGCAGGUAACUAAUACUUACAACCUGAUAAAGUAUUAAAAGUAAGGAAAAAUAUGUGAAUAUUACUAAUCAAAAAAUUCUUAGGUUUUACCAAAUAUUUGAUCUCAACAAACGGAAACUUGGCCAAAAUUUUCACAGACUGCAACCGCACCGUAAUCGGCAGUAAUGAUGACAGCAGCUUUCAAAGAAAUGAUUAUGGACUCUUAAUGUUUGUCUCUGACAUUUAUUGUUCUGUUUAGCUCACGCAUCCACCCCUGACUGGUAGCUAUUUUGCUAAAGGAAUAAUUGUUUUAGGGAUUUAAAAUGAAAAAUGUGAAAGACUUGCAUUUUCUUACUUCUCAGUUUUGAGGAUUUGUGGGAUUAUUAAACUGAUAUUAUGUUUGGUUUUUGGAAAGCUGGACAGACGAAACAACGUUUAAAAAUCCCAUCCAGUUCAAAGACUUUGGUUUUUAAAGGUCUUCAGGGACAAACAUGAAAAGCAACAAGUUAUUUGUGAACUAAGAGCAGAAAAACAAGUGGUUGUUGUUUCUUCUCACAGCAGCAGGUCGUGCCUGAGUCCGCCUGCUGCCAGUAUGGGUGCAGAUAGUCUUGUUGACAUUUCUGAGGCUGUGUUUUUGCACAAUUAUGUGAAUAUCAGUAACUGUGCAAUGAAUAAAAAUUGUAAAUAUACAUUAUUUUUGUAAACGUUCUUGGGUGCCACCCAGGUUGUGAGGGCUAACAAAUACAGAUAUUCCUGGGUUGUUUUCAUAUGAAGUCUGGUUGAGGGUUUGAUGUUAAAUUCAUAAUUUAAAACUUUUUGUUCUCUGUAGCCCAAAAACGAGAAAUAAACGACAUCUUUUAUCAA